UCGGUUGCCGUGUCCCUCCCCAGCUUCUGUCUCCGCGGCCUCGCCGGUGCCUCCUCUUCCCCGCCAGCCUCGCUCCCCAGCGGGUCCCCGUCCCGGUGGGCGGCGGCGGCGCCGCGGUGCGGCCCGUUGAUGUGAGGCGCGGCUCGGCGGCGGGGCGCGGAUGGCGACGGGGGCCGGCGCGGCGGCCGGGGGCCGCAGCUUCUCUUUCAAGGUGGUGCUGCUCGGGGAGGGCUGCGUGGGGAAAACCUCGCUGGUGCUGCGCUACUGCGAGAACAAGUUCAACGAUAAGCACAUCACCACCCUGCAGGCAUCUUUUCUUACGAAGAAGCUAAAUAUUGGUGGGAAAAGAGUAAAUCUUGCAAUAUGGGAUACAGCUGGUCAAGAAAGAUUUCAUGCAUUGGGGCCUAUCUACUACAGAGACUCUAAUGGCGCUAUUCUAGUAUAUGAUAUAACAGAUGAAGACUCUUUUCAAAAGGUAAAAAACUGGGUUAAGGAAUUAAGAAAAAUGUUGGGAAAUGAAAUCUGUUUAUGUAUAGUAGGUAACAAAAUAGACUUGGAAAAAGAGAGACAUGUUUCAGUGCAAGAAGCAGAAAUGUAUGCUGAAUCUGUUGGAGCAAAACAUUAUCAUACGUCAGCUAAACAGAACAAAGGAAUUGAAGAACUGUUUCUUGACCUUUGCAAAAGAAUGAUAGAAACUGCUCAAGUGGAAGAAAGAGCAAGAGGCAAUGGCUCCAGUCAGUCAGGAAUAGCAAGGCGAGGUGUACAGAUCAUUGAUGAUGAGCCACAAGUACAGAGCAGUGGAGGGUGCUGUUCUUCUGGAUAAUUAUAAAACUGUGCAUCACUGCCCUCUCAAUAUGAAGACUGCCAUAUUCCAAGUCACACAUUCUUUACCAAUGGAGUAAUAGAAUUAACAGUAUUUAAAAAUAAUCACAUGUAACACUGCAGAGACCUUAAGUGCUAAACUAGUGGCGUCUGUGACCAGAGAAUUGGCAUUUUCUACAGUGGUUAACAAAGCAAUUACCAAUGGCCUUUUUACAUAUUUUUCUUUAAUGAGGAAUAAUAUGCAUGUAGAAAAGACCUACUUAAAGGCUUCAUUUAUAUUCUUUUAAAUCAGAUCAUUAUUUAAUAACUUAUAUACAUUGUUGUUGGAAUGGUAUACGUUUUUGCAGCUCUUUGUAUUUUGUGGUAGAUGGAAUUGUAUCACUUCUAAAAUGCAAAUUGAUUUUUUUUAAAAUUAGCAGAUAUCUGAAUUAAUAUUUUUGCAGGGCCUCCACAAGCCUAUAACUCAACUACUUUGAUAUAUUCUGUUCAUCUGUAUGCCAAGCUGAUAAAAUACAUUGUAAAUUACAUAUUAAAUAUUUUAUCUGCUUUUACAGUUGCAGGUGCAGAAAUAUGUACAUCAGUCUUGUCAGUGAUUGUGAAGUGAACAAGUCAGUGAAAGAUGCAAGCUUUUCAUGUGCACUGUUAAAUUGCUCAUUUUAUCCCCCUACCUGAGAACAGCUUUGUUUUGGGUACAUCCAUAGCUACAGCAAUUUCUAAGUCCAUUUCUGGCAAGCAGCAGUAUUUAGAGCAUCCCCUUACUGGAAGAGAAUGCUUCUGUAAACUGCUGUUUAACACUGAGGUGUCUGACUUGCAGCUAAAACAGUUGGUGCAUGCACAUACCUUGCCUCUGCAGUUACUUUGUCCUCUCAGAAGAUCCCCAGAAAGUCAAAGCACCUUUAGCCCUCAUCUGUCUGGUAGCUAGUAAACCAGAUGCAUGGGAAACUCUUUAGCUGCUUUAAUACAUUUGUUUCCAAAGACAGCAUUAUAAACUAUUCAUGAGCAUAUUUAUUUUCCCCUGCAGGGCUUGAGUGAGCAAUUAAUUGGCAUUAACUAGAACUUCUAAUUUGGAGUGAUUAAAUUGAAGAUGUGAAAUUUGCCAGAUAUAGCUGUAACUUUGGGGAUUCUAAGCAGAAUUGAACUUAUUCCCAGCUUGCUCUUUCUCCUGUAAAAUGUUUUGAAAAAGCCCAUUUAAGUUUCAGGAGGAGGGUUUUCAGAAAAAAAAUGUGUAAACUACUAUCACGAAAGAACACAAAUGGUGGUAGCUGAAACUUCAAAAUGUUUUGUGCUCUGACUUUUUUUACUUAAGUUGUCAUGCUUGGAAAAACAGUAAAGGUGAUGUCUAUGACAAAGUAGAAUAUCCUGGGCCUUCCUUUUUCUGAAAGGUAGAUAUAGUAUUGCAUAUGAAUGCACUGAAUGGUGUGGGUAUGUUCUGAUACACAAAAAAAGUAGUAGUAAUGAGUUAGUCUGUGUAAGAGAAGUGUGCUGUCUUCAAUCUGGUUUUUAUUUUCUCUGAAAUAAUAGAUGGCUUUGAUACAGACUGA